AUGGUCGGAAGGAUCUUUCUCCUUUUCCUCUCCAUCGUCGUCACGGUGGUCAUCGCAGGAAAAGCUCCACCACCAACAUUCACCGAGACUGGCAAAGCUUUAGCAGAAAAACUCUGCGAGAGAUCCGAAGACAAAGCGUUUUGCGUUUCGAGCCUAACCUCGCGUCACGAAUCAGAAACCGCAACCGCACCUAAACUAGGAGUGAUCGCGUUAAGCGUUGCGUCUACAAACGCUUCCGAUACGUCUUUCUACAUCAAAUCAAAACUUAAACAGAAGAACCUGGAGCCUGCGUUGGAAGACACGCUCGACGAUUGUUCAAAGAAUUACUUAGACGCAGUCGCACAGCUAGACGAUUCUCUAGCCGCUUUGCUCUCGAAUGCGUACAUUGACGUUGAUAUUUGGCUCAAUACAGCGAUUAGCGAUGGAGAAGCUUGUGAAGAUGCUUUGAGUGAACGUGCUGGUAAUGAUGCUGAGCUUGCUCGUAGAAACACUAACUUCUUGAAGCUUUGCAAAGACGCUCUUCUCAUCAACACUAUUUUAACUCCAUAA